CACUCAUUCUCAGCAUUCCUUUUUUGACCUUUACUCUGUCUACCAUUUUUUUUUUUUUUUUUGUUCUGGAAAGUCGUUGAUCUUCACAGAGCGAUUUUUUCACGAGUAGGGGCCAAGCUCUGUUAUAUGGGAUAUCAUAUUUGGACAAACGGAGAUGGAUAGUAGAUGGAGUCUUCGAGGAAUGACCGCUCUUGUGACCGGUGGAGCCGGAGGGAUCGGACAUGCGAUAGUGGAGGAACUAGCCGGAUUCGGGGCAAGAAUCCACAUAUGCGACAAGUCUGAGGUUCAUCUCAACCAAAGUUUAAGCGAAUGGAAAGAGAAAGGCUUUCAAGUCAGUGGCUCAGUCUGUGAUGUUAUCUCUUGCCCGCAGAGAGUGAAACUCUUGAAGACAGUCUCCUCUCUCUUUGAUGGCAAACUCAACAUUCUCAUAAACAACGUCGGAACUUGCGUGAUGAAGCCAACCCUAGAUUUCACGACCGAAGAUUACUCGUUACAAAUGGCUACAAACUUCGAGUCAGCUUUCCAUAUCUCCCAGCUCGCCCAUCCUCUCUUGAAGGCCUCUGGAUCUGGAAGCAUCGUUUUCAUAUCCUCCGUCGCCUCAGUUGUAUCAAUUUCCGUGAGCUCCAUCUAUUCUGCAACAAAAGGAGCUCUGAACCAGUUGGCAAGAAACCUGGCGUGCGAGUGGGCGAGCGACAGCAUAAGGGCUAACGCCGUUGCUCCUAAUAUUGUCUUAACUCAUCUAGCACAAAGCGUUAUCAAGGAAGAUAGUUUUGUGGAGAAUUUGAAGUCGAGAACCCCACUCGGUCGUGUUGGAGAGGCAAAGGAGGUCGCGGCACUGGUGACAUUUCUAUGUCUUCCGGCAGCUUCUUACGUAACUGGCCAGACCAUCUGCGUAGACGGAGGUCUCACUGUCAAUGGCUUCUCCUAUCAGCCUCAAACUUGAAUCCAACAUCAACUCUUGCAAAAUAUGUAGAACCUACGGUUCUAAAUACCAAAUAAUCAUGCAAGAGUUUCGAAUAUUAUGCACCAUAUUUGAAUUGGUGUACGAUCAUAUAAUGUCUUUAAGGAUAUGUCGUAUUUUCUAUACAAAAGACAAGCAUGUAUUUCGUUUCCAA